UAACACCUUAUUUCAAAUUCCAAUUGUGGUAGUGGUGGUGAUUUGGUGCUCUUGCUCAAACCACAAUGGUACUAUAGACGCGGAAGACAUGAUGAGGGCCAUGAGAACCCUUGGAUUUGAUAUGACAAAAGAGGAAAUUGAUGAAAUGAUAAUCAAAAUGGACACUAAUAAUAAUGGAAUAAUCGAGUUUCAUGAAUUUGAGGACUUGGUGACGAUCAAAAUAGGAGAAAGAGACAUUAAAGAAAAACUCAAGAAAGCUUUUAAUUUUAUUGAUAAAGAUAAAAUGAAAAAGAUACGUGCAACAGACGUCGAGGUCUAUGCAGAAAUGUUAUGGCAUAACUUUAAUUUUACUAUAGAAGAGAUCAGCCAGAUGAUUGUUGAAGCUCCAAAAAUCAAUGGAGUGCUUGAUGUAAAUGACUUCAUCUCGUUGAUGAACAAAAUAGAAUUCCGUUACUAGUCAUAUCAUAUCUACAUUGA